AGUUAACGGUAGCAACACUGUCAAGCCCCUAAGCAUACAACUGCCGUUUAACCUGAAGUUGAUUUUCCUUUAACAUUGUUUAAACCCUUUUCAUAUAACUUUUGGUGGGGUAUGCAAGUCUAAAGUAUGUUUAUUAAAGAGAUGACAUUAGGACUAGGCCCUGAUUGUAUCAAAGGCAUGUUAUUCAUGCAAGUGGCUUCACAUCCAGAUCUCUGCUAAUAAAAAUACUUUAAACCAGCCAGGCUUCUUGGCCUGGUCAGGCUGGUUUUAGAGAAGAUUUGGGGACAAGUUUCGAGCUAGUCAUUUUAGAAGUCAAUGUCUCUACAAACCAUGUCUGACGCUUUGAAUGUAUUUGACCUUGAAAGGAUCUUUUAGAAACGUGACAUAUUUGUAUCCCUCUCCGAAUCAUAACGGGAUAUUCAUUUUGUGCCUCCCCUAGUGGAGACAAGGUAGAUUUACAAUGUCAAAUAAAAAAGCAGGGAUGAACGCCAUGUCUGAUCCCGCUGUUGAGGGGUAGAGAGAGCGAACACAGCGGGCGGACUUCGAGGAUUCGAGUCGGAGCGCGGAAGCAGGCUCGAUGUCGGAGAGCACGGGGAUUCCUCAGGGCUCCCCGGCGGUGGGCGCGGCGGGCUCGGCCCCGGCUGCGCCAGGGGUCGGUGGAACCGAGUGUUCGGGCGCUGCUGUCGGUUCUGCACGUAUCGCCGUCAAGAAGGCGCAGCUCCGCUCCUCCCCGCGUCCGAAGAAACUGGAGAAACUCGGUGUAUAUUCCUCGUGCAAGGCUGAAGGAGCUUGUAAGUGUAAUGGCUGGAAGAGUCAAAACCCACCACCAACUCCGCCCCCUCCAACCCCGCCCAGGGCUGAGCAGCCAAUUGCUGUUAACUUAAUGGAGCCCUGUAGAAGCUGCAGCCACGCCCUCGGUGACCAUGUGACACACCUAGAGAAUGUUUCGGAGGAGGAGAUGAACAGACUGCUUGGAAUUGUACUGGAUGUGGAGUACUUGUACACAUGCGUCCAUAAAGAAGAGGAUCCAGAUACUAAACAAGUUUACUUUUCUCUGUUCAAAUUGCUACGGAAAUGCAUCCUGCAGAUGGGAAGGCCUGUGGUAGAAGCUCUGGAAAGCCCACCUUUUGAAAAACCAAGCAUUGAACAGGGUGUGAACAACUUUGUGCAGUACAAGUUUAGCCACCUACCUUCUAAGGAGAGGCAAACCAUUGUGGAGCUCGCAAAGAUGUUCCUCAACCAGAUCAACUACUGGCAGCUAGAGACUCCCUCACAAAGGAGGCAAAGAGCACCUGAUGAUGAUGUGGCUGGUUAUAAAGUCAAUUACACCAGGUGGCUGUGUUAUUGUAACGUGCCCCAGUUCUGUGACAGUCUCCCUCGGUAUGAGGCCACACAGAUUUUCGGCCGCACUUUUCUGCGCUCUGUGUUCACUGUAAUGAGGAAGCAGCUGCUGGAACAGGCCCGUCAGGAGAAAGACAAACUACCACCUGAGAAGCGCACUCUCAUUCUCACACAUUUCCCCAAGUUUUUGUCUAUGCUGGAGGAAGAGGUUUAUAGUCAUAAUUCACCCAUCUGGAGUGAAGACUUCAUGGUCCGUUUAUCAGGUGGACAGAUACCCACAGUGAUCAGUGCUCCGCCCGUGACCCGCCCCCUGUACCACACCAGUAGUCCCGCCCCAGUGGAGCUGGCUGGAGGAGGCAGCGUAAGCCCGGCCCGGAAAACAGCAUCCGCUUUGGAGCCCAAUCCAGGUGGAGAAAAGCGAAAGCCUUCUGAGCCGUUGUCUCAUGAGGACAGCAAACGACCCCGUGUGGUUGGUGACAUUCCUAUGGAAUUAAUUAAUGAAGUCAUGUCUACCAUUACAGACCCUACUGCCAUGCUGGGACCAGAGACCAGUCUUCUCUCAGCUCAUUCUGCGCGUGAUGAAGCUGCUCGAUUAGAGGAGAGGCGUGGCGUCAUCGAGUUCCAUGUCAUUGGAAACUCCCUCAACCAAAAGCCCAAUAAGAAGAUCCUCAUGUGGCUUGUUGGCCUGCAGAAUGUCUUCUCACACCAGCUGCCUCGCAUGCCUAAAGAAUACAUCACACGCCUCGUCUUUGACCCGAAACACAAGACUCUGUCUCUGAUUAAAGAUGGCCGUGUUAUUGGGGGAAUCUGUUUCCGGAUGUUUCCAACUCAGGGCUUCACUGAGAUUGUGUUCUGUGCAGUCACCUCCAAUGAGCAAGUCAAGGGUUAUGGGACUCACCUCAUGAACCAUUUGAAGGAGUAUCACAUCAAGCACGAAAUUCUCAACUUUCUCACCUACGCUGAUGAAUAUGCCAUUGGCUACUUCAAAAAGCAGGGAUUUUCUAAGGACAUUAAAGUGCUGAAGUCAAAGUAUGUGGGCUACAUUAAAGACUACGAGGGGGCCACACUCAUGGGCUGUGAACUGAACCCCUGCAUCCCUUACACUGAGUUCUCUGUCAUCAUCAAGAAACAGAAAGAGAUCAUUAAGAAGCUUAUAGAGCGCAAGCAAGCACAGAUUCGGAAAGUCUACCCUGGCCUGUCCUGUUUCAAAGAGGGAGUUCGUCAGAUUGCCAUUGAGAGCAUUCCAGGAAUCCGUGAGACGGGCUGGAAGCCUUUAGGGAAGAGCAAAGAGCUGAAGGAUCCAGACCUGUUGUACAGCACCUUCAAGAACAUCUUACAGCAGGUCAAGUCCCACCAGAAUGCAUGGCCCUUCAUGGAGCCUGUAAAGAAGAACGAGGCACCUGGUUAUUACCAAGUCAUCCGCUUCCCUAUGGACUUGAAGACGAUGAGCGAGCGUCUGAAGAGUCGUUACUAUACCACACGGAAGCUGUUCAUGGCUGACAUGCAGAGGAUCUUCACUAACUGCCGAGAGUACAACCCUCCCGAAAGCGAGUACUACAAAUGUGCCAACCUACUAGAGAAAUUCUUCUACACCAAGAUCAAAGAGACAGGCCUCAUCGACAAGUAAUCCAUCUAGGGGGCAAAGUAGUUUCCCUCUCUACCUCUUUUUCUCGACAUUUAUCAUAUAUAUAACUCCUUUUUAUCCCCAUUUAUAACCCCAUUGUUUUUGCAUCAAAAGGAGGGUUAUCUGAAAUUAAGAUGUUUAAAGGAAUAGUUGACCCCAACAUUAAAAUUUGCUGAAAAUGUACUUAACCUCAGGC